AUGUCUUCCGAAACAACCCAACAGGAAAGUCAGACGUCUCCACCGAAGCAAACUGGAUGGCCAAUGUUCUAUUGUCCCAUCUCACGAACUCAAGCUCACAAUGCUGGAGAAAUUGCAAGGAUCCGUGAAGAAUGCAAAAAGGAAAGUUUCUGGUACAGAGCUCUUCCUCUGUCUCUUGGAAGCAUGCUUGUCACCCAGGGGCUAGUCUCAAAAGGCAUUUUCUCAUCAAGCCCAAGAUUUGGUGCAUUACCUAAGAUUGCACUUGCUGGUGUCUUAGGUUUUGCCAUUGGAAAGAUGUCAUACAUAGGAGAAUGCCAAAAGAAGUUCCAGAAAAUUGGUUUUGUGCCAUUUGGUCCACAACAAAAAUGGCAUUGUGCUGGAAAAGAACAUGAAGCAAAAUUGGGAUCAAAUGAGAAAGCAGGUUCAAUGCCUUCAGCUUCACAGUCCCAGACUUUUUCCACAUCUCUGUCUCAGCACUCUGAGUCAAGCGUACACAGCUGUGCUGUAUCAGAGCUGGUGCUUGGUGCGCAGGCAGGAAGCUUCCCAGAGAUCAGAGAAGGACAGGAGGUUAUAGUGGUGAAGGAACUCCUUCUAGAAGGACCACUAGCCAACGUGGGAGGCAGGGUGGCCAUGAUGGUGAUUCUUACAGCUGUUGCAAAACCAAGUUAA